UUUGCUUCCCGAUAGCGAAGCGCCUGCUGCCUGCUGGUGCAAAUGGGUCGUAGGUGGUUUUCAAAAGUUCGAGCCCCGGUACUGGAAUGAGCCUCCUUGACCUCUUCAGGGGUUUUUUCGGCUUUUCUGGACAUCGGAGCCACAGAGACCCCUUUUUUGGAGGGAUGACACGAGAUGAGGAUGAAGAAGAUGAGGAUGAAGAAGGAGGUGCCACAUGGGGCUAUGGGAGCUCCGAGUUUGGGGAGCCCCGGCCCCCAGAAGAAUUUGGCUUCAGCUUCAGUCCAGGCGGAGGGAUGCAUUUCCACCACAACUUCGGCUUUGACGACCUAGUCCGGGAUUUCAAUAGCAUCUUCAGCGAGCUGGGGGCCUGGACCUUGCCAUCUCGCCCUCCUGAACUUCCAGGCCCCGAGUCGGAGAUGCCUGGUGAGAGACAGCGGAAGGGAGAGACACUUCGGGAUUCAAUGCUUAAGUACCCAGAUAGUCACCAGCCCAGGAUUUUUGGGGGGGUCAUGGAGCGUGAUGCAGGAAUUGAAGCCCCCAAACCAGCACCAGACUGGGGCUCCCAGAGACCUUUUCAGAGGUUUGAUGAUAUGUGGCCUGCGACCCCCCAUCCUAGAGCCCGAGAGGACAAUGAUCUGGAUUCCCAGGUCUCCCAGGAGGGCCUUGGCCCAGUUCUACAGCCCCGGCCCAGAUCAUAUUUCAAGAGUGUAUCUGUGACCAAGAUCACGAAGCCAGAUGGGACAGUGGAGGAACACCGGACUGUGGUGGACAGUGAAGGCCGGAAAGAGACCACAGUAACUCGCCAAGAAGCAGACGGGAGUCCUAGACAUGAUCAAGAGUCACCGAGACCGCCAGCCCUGGAUGAUACCUCUUCCAUCCUGGAUUUAUUCUUAGGACGUUGGUUCCGGUAGACUUGUUAGCCCUCAGAGACCUUCCCAUCCUUCUCAUCUCCUACCUAGUACCCACCGCCAGUGGUGGGCUUAGCUGCUUCCGCCACCCGAGGGGCGUAGGUUUGUGGAGUCGUGAAUUGAGGGUAUGUCAGUCUGUCACCUGAGCUGGCGAAUAAAACCUUUAUUUAUGCUAA